AUGGCUGUCAAGCAAGGUCACCAUAGUGUACAGAGUUUGAUGCAUCGGCAUCGGACAGGACAAGAGCGCGUCGCAUUUACACAGCACGGAAUAGAGCAUAGAAUCUCGGAGACGACGCCGAAUCCUCCGCGCCGACCAAAACGCCCAACCGGGCCCUCUCCUUCGCGCGCUCCGUGCCCCUGCCCCCUUCCCCCCGCCGUCCUCGCGAGUCAGAUAGACGCCCACACCACCACCUUCCGCAGCUCCAUCUCAAAUUACAUAGCCGACUCCCGACUGCCCUCCACCCUCGACAGCGUGCGCGGCUACCUAAGCACGGUAACGGGGAUCGAAAUACUCACCCUGUUUGUCGAAGCCUUCGGUCUCCGCUACGAAGUAUUGCCCUUCCGCUACCUGACGACGCUCCCCGCCUUCCCCGCCCUCGGGACGUCCGAAUUGCCCCUCAAAGUCCCCGAUUUCUUCGCCCUGCUCACGACUGCGUUCUGGGGUCCGUUCGGCCUCUGGCUCUUAACGAGUGUCUUGCUGCCCCUAUUGGGCGGCUGGUUCAUCAACCUGAAAGGCGAGGGCGGGUACGAUGCCGUCAGUUUCAAUGCCGUCAAGGCGAUCACGGCGUGGGUGGUAUACGUGAGGGGUGGCGGACCGAGCGCGAGCACGCGGGUUGUGGAGAGGGGGGGUCCCGGGGGGCAGUACGGGGAUGCUUGUGGGGGCCGGGGCUGGGGCGUUGGCGGGGAUUUAUGA